AUGGAUGUUCGAUCGGCACAGAAGGCCUACUCAGCAGAUCCGAAAUUCCAAGGUCAUCAGUUGCGGAUUGCAUUUCACGAUCAGAGCAAGAAGUGA